GUAUACACACCAAAUCGAAGUUCACGUUCGUCAUAAUAGUCCUCACAAUACGACGAAAAAAAUUGUCCGGUUCAUUAAUGGAAUCGCUCCAUGGCAACCAGUAUACAUUCACAGGCUUUCGUUUUGGCACAGUUCAAGCCAUAUAAAUCGUAUCAAGACAGUCAGCGGUAUUAAACCAUCUUUGAUCACAAGUCGAAUUUUCUGGAAAAAGGGAAAUUAUUUUGCAGUAAUCUGACUAUCAACUAUACAAAAAGAAGGGCUUAAUACCAGGAGCAAAGCAAUCGAAGAAGAUUAUGGAGCUGAUACAUCCAGAAAACGGUCCAUCGGGAACAGUGCAAGUACCACUUAUACAAGGUGUCGACCAAUCUGAUACCGAAGAUGUCUACAGGCUCUCUCCACAUGUUACGACCGGCUUUGCAGAUACGUUUAAGGAAUCCAAUGACAUCAUGGGAUUCUCAUUCAUGGAAAAGGUCAAUGGAGCAAUCUAUAAAUACACUCACUUCGCUUUUUACGCCGUCCUGAACCUGCUCCUUGCCCCGUUCAUUGCGUUCUCGUUUGGCUUGUCGUUCGCGGUGAUGCACUUCGCCGUCGUCUGGUUCGUCCAACCAAUCAUGAAGUUAUACUACGUAUGGUUGCGGGUGUUCAAUCUGGCGUACGAGCCUGCCCUUCGACUCGUGUGUGACCCCAUCCACCGAUCCAUCGCCUUGAUAUUGUCUGGAAUCAAGGGACAAUUCAAGAUGAACAGUUCGGACGUGAAAACAAGCCAAGUUUGAUACCCCACACUAUUUUAAGGCAAUAGUUCACAAAAUGUAACGAUUUAAAAGCAAAUUCAGGAUAGGUUCUAUAUGUUUUUGUUUAUUGUGCAGUCAUUUUUUGUAAUGUUAACUAUA